GAGUCCCUUAUCACUUUUACCCCAUACUGUACGAGUACUCAAGUACUCGUACCGCACCGUACUCGAGUACCGUCCUUGGAUUCACACUCACCUCAAACAUUCUUUCCUUAUUUCUUUUUCCGAACAAGGGUUCACACCGGUCCAUUCCAUUUCUUGGCACCUCUCUCCCACAAUCGGUACUCGAGCACCGCACGAACAUGCAAAAACCUGCAAGUCUGUCCUGCACUCGAGGUGGCGAGGUCAGGCCGCCCCCACGCUUCUCUCUUCGAGUACUGUACACUCCUUCAUCCCUUACCUUCCUUCCCCAUGGCCCUUGAAGGCUCCACCGAGACUGUAACUUAGAGUGCAAGUAAGUAACUCGUACGUAGCAAAGUUGAAUCCAAAAAAAGUGGCGAGGCAACAAAAAAAAACCUGCAUCCCAUCUACCGACCGACCGCGACUCGAGUGAAGGCCGAAAGUUAAUCUAACGGCGAGGAUAAGGAAGGAAGGAAUACCGGGAGCGGGAAGAGGAGGAGAGGGGGGGGGGUGAAGGGAGGGAAAUAAACUUUUUUUCUUUUUCUUUUCAAUUCUUGGGAUAACCUUUCGGCUCCCCGCGUGAUAGAUAGAUAUUGACGAGGCGGUGGAAUAAGGUAGACUACCGUAUCGCACACGUCCCAGUCGUGACAGUAUGUAGGAAACAAAAUAGAACGGAACAAAGCAAAACAAUAAAAAAAAAAUGUUACGGUAAUACCACGUACCUGAUUGGUGGAAAAUGGGGAAAAUGGGAAA